AGUUGAUUUCACCUCAUAUAAUUAUUAUGAGUGGCGAAAAGGAAAAGAGCACUGUUACCAGUGCUCCUCCUUCUCCUUCUCCUUCUUCAGUUGCUCCUUCUGUUGAAUUCUCCAAAGGCAUCAAUGGCCUCCAGAAGGUUAUUCUCCGCGAGUCUCGCGGUUCCUCCGCCGAGGUCUACCUGUAUGGUGGUCAUGUGACCUCUUGGAAGAAUGACCAUGGCGAAGAAUUGCUUUUUCUCAGUAGUAAGGCAAUAUUUAAGCCACCAAAGGCAAUUCGUGGUGGGAUUCCAAUAUGCUUUCCGCAAUUUGCAAGCCAUGGCACCCUUGACCAGCAUGGCUUUGCUAGAAACCGGUUCUGGGCUGUUGAUGAAGACCCCCCUCCUUUUCCAACAAAUACUUUGAACAAAGCCUUUGUUGAUUUGAUUCUUAAGCCCUCUGAAGAAGAUAUGAAGAUUUGGCCUCACAGUUUUGAGUAUCGUCUAAGGAUAGCUCUGGGACCUGGAGGAGACCUUAUGUUGACUUCUCGGAUCAGGAAUACAAACAGUGAUGGGAAGCCAUUUUCGUUCACCUUUGCUUAUCAUACGUAUUUCUCUGUAUCAGACAUAAGCGAGGUUCGGGUAGAGGGAUUAGAGACCCUGGAUUAUCUUGACAACUUGCAGAACAAGGAACGCUUUACUGAGCAGGGAGAUGCUUUAACAUUUGAAUCAGAAGUUGACAAAAUAUAUCUUAGCACUCCUACAAAGAUCGCAAUUAUUGAUCACGAAAAAAAGAGAACAUUUGUUUUGCGCAAAGAUGGCCUUCCUGAUGCUGUGGUGUGGAAUCCUUGGGAUAAGAAAGCAAAGGCUAUGGCUGAUUUUGGUGAUGAUGAGUACAAGCAUAUGCUCUGUGUAGAGGCUGCUGCUGUUGAAAAGGCCGUCACUUUAAAACCUGGAGAAGAAUGGAAAGGGAGACUAGAACUUUCAGCUGUUCCAUCUAGUUAUUGUAGUGGGCAGCUUGAUCCCCAGAGGGUUCUUCAGGGCAGCUGAAUUAUCAAUAUUGUGCUGUGUCCUGUACAGGUAGCUUGUCGCGACAAUUAUGGUUUUGUUGAUGGGAAAGUGUCUCAAGUGAUUUUGCCCCUUGAUGUUCCAUUUAAAUCUUUGUUGAACGGAUGCACUCAUGUUGCAUAGAAUUUUAUUGAACUACUUUUGUUUACCCAUGUAAUGGAUGGCUAUUGUUGUCAUGACAGACUGAACAAAGCAUAUAAGCAGAAGAGUUCACUCCCAUGAAAGAUGGAAAUUGCCGCCUACAAUUCAACAGCUUUUCACGUUGGGUUGAAUGGCCCAGACUCGGGGAUUCUUUCUGAGUCCAUAGUUUUUUGGAUUCUCAAAUACCCCGUAAAUUGUUUAUUCCUAAAUGUUGUAGGCUAAAUGAAUAUGUCAUUGGAGAAUAUUUAUAAUUUUAAAGGAAUGUAUCACAGUUCACACAGGACAUGUUGACUGGUAUAAAUUGUAUUUCUGGGUUAUUUUGCUA